AAAUGACAUGAAUAAUAUAAAUGUUGUGUUUAUUCGUUGGUGGGAUUCGGCAGUGGGAUUGGGUUUGGGUUUGGUUGGGGUGGGGAACGGGCGUCCGAUGAAGAGCGUAAAAGUAGCCAGGACCGCCUCUGAUGUAGCUGUAGGCCGACCAAGCCGGCAUAAUGUUGAGAUGGGUGAAUGUUGCGCGUAUCAUUAGUAAAGCAAUGUUUUGGAUUGACUUCUGAAAAGGGGGCGGAGCUUUGCAGCUUCACUUCUGUGACGUCACAGUGUCUCCUCUUAUCUUUCCUCCAAGCCUAGAGUGACGUGUGCCUUUAAAAAAUAAGACCUUGCUAAUAUGAGAAACAAAUAUUAUAAAUUCCUGGCGGUGAUGCAACUCAAUUCAAUUGUCCUCUUCAACUGCCUCUCCUGACAACGCAUGACAACGAUGAUGUGGCAGCCACUGAUAGCCACUCAUAUUAAGAUAUGACGCCAGUGGCGUGUUGUGGCAUACUACGGCCUGUGAGGCGACCAGACCAACAGUCACACGCUGACUUUAGUUCGCAUGAUGCCACGACCAUAUUCUCAAGGUCUAAACAGACUAGUUGGAUCUUGCGUAUUCCCAAACUCCUCCAUUUUCGAGAGAGCUCAGAACACAACUUGAAGGAGGAGGAGGAAGGCCUUACACACAGCUCGAGGGAGGUGGGGCAUGGCAAAGCACACAGCUCAGAGAAGGAGCAUGGCACAGCACACACUUCAGGGGAGGAGAAGGAUGGCACAGCACACAGCUUAGGGAAGGAGGAGGAUGGCACAGCACACAGCUCAGGGGAGGAGGAGCAUGGCACAGCACACAGCUCAUGGAAACAACAGGACCAAGGGCAGAAUGAAGGCCAGCAAUCCAUCCAUGCCAUGAUACCGAUGUCACUGUGCCCAGAGUCACCCACACCGCCGUCAGCCCGGGACAGAGGGUAUGCCUGGGUGGUGGUGGCGGGGGUGUUCUGGAUCAACACACUCUGCGCCGGAUACAUCAAGAGCUUUGGCAUCACGUACCUCCUGCUGCUGCAGUACUUCCCUGAUGACUCUGCUGCUGCAGUCGGCUGGGUCAUGGGCAUGCUGCUGGGCACACGGGGACUGCUUGCACCAGUAAUGGGGGCAAUGGCAGUGAAGAUCGGACCACGGCGGAGUAUUCUGAUUGGCACACUGCUCAUCACACUUGGCUUGCUACUUGCUAUACCCAAACUCUCCAUCUAUUACAUGGCUGCCACAGUGGGCAGUCUUGUGGGUAUCGGCAUCUGCAUGAGUGAGACACCUGGUAUACUACUGGUCACUGAUUACUUUGUAGAGAGGCUCUCCUUUGCUAAUGGCAUCCGAGCCUCCGGGAACCCCAUGGGAGGCUUUCUGUUCUCCCCAAUGGUGGUGUUCUUCAAUGAGCAAUUUGGGCUGCAGGGAACCUUCAUCCUUCUAGCAGGCGUUAUGAUGCACAUUGCAGUUUUUGGAAUGCUGAUGAGGCCUCUGGAGCUGCAGGAGCAGAUACUCUACCAUCAGCAUCUCAGGAAGAUUCGGGCCAGCUCAGAGUAUGCUGAGAAGUGCAAUGAGAAGGCUGCAGCAGUGACACACAAAACACUGCAAAAAAAAGCUCUAGAUUUUACCUUAUUAUGGAACCCAAAGUACCUCUUAUACAUAGUGAUGGUACUGUUUACCAACCUGUCAAUGCCACAAUUCCUGCUCUACCUGCCGGCUUAUGGACAUUCGGUGGGACUCACUAACUACCAGAACUCCAUCAUUAGUUCCUACUUGUCUGCCACAGACUGCAUCUUCAGAAUCUCAUGUGGGUUUUUGGUGCACAAGCUUAAUGUCAAGGAGACGUUCGUCUUCCCAGUAGGCUUGGUGGUUGGGGGCCUCAGCUGCUUCCUGGUGACAUUUUGCUCUGCCAUGUGGCAGCUCAUGCUUGUCACCACACUGUACUCCAUUGGCCUGGCAACCUUCUGGGCACUUAUCAACACUCUACUUGUUAAUGACUUUGGCCCAAAGUCAGUAGCCACUUCCUGGGGCUUCUUCAGGAUGACUCAGGGCAUCACCAACUUUAUCUAUCCAUCUCUACUUGGUCUGAUGCAGGACUUGACGCAGAGUUUGAUGGUGCCAUUCUUCAUCAUGGGGACCGGCCUCAUUCUUGGAAGUGCCGUCUUCACCUUGCGACCCUUCAUAGCCAAGAUAUCCAAGGGAUGCAAGGAAUAGAAAUAAUCUUAGGGGCAUUAGAAGCGUGUGUGUGUGUUAUUCACCACGUUUUCUGCUGGUCACCCAGCCAGCCUUUCCCCUACGGAAAGAACUCAGAGCUCAUACUGACCAACCUAUGGGUAGGACUGAGAUCACAUCACACACCUCUCACACCAGGAAAGCGAGGCCACAACCCCUCAAGUUACAUUAUGCAUCUAUUUACUGCUAGAUGAAUAGAGACUACACAUUAAGAGGCUUUCCCAUUUGCCCUGUCGCUUCCUGGGACUCAAACCCGGGCCUUCUCAGUUGUGAGCCAAACAUGCUAGCCACUACAAUACGUGGCAUGUGUGUGUGUGUGUGUGUGUGUGUGUGUGUGUGUGUGUGUGUGUGUGUUCAGUCACCAUUGUCCUGGGAGGGCUAUGCACUCCCCAAUGCUGUGCUUCCAUUACUUCUACUUAAUGUGCCUUAGGGAUGUAUCCAAUGGCCACAUAUGCAUCCAGAAAGCUGGUAAGCUAAAUAUUUAAAUCCUCAUCCACAUUUGAUAAAUUGAUAUCUUUAUCCAAACUACAUGCGAAGAGGAUGUGGUGGAUGCCUUCUAUACAUUACAGCAAAGUUUAAAAAAAUAAUUAAUGCAAAUCUGCUGACUUAUUAACUAAAUUUACAACUUUUCUUCAUCUUUCAAAUUUACACAUCCUAAUGUGUCAAGAGUUUUGCAGAAAGGCAGAAGGAGGAAGAGAAUUUUAUAGUGACUAUGUAUGUAUCAUGUACAUAUAUAAAAGUAUGUGUGUAUGUACUGUGUACUGCAUAAAUUUUCUAUAUGUAAUAUUACAUAAGCAAUUAAGUAUGAAGAUAAAUACUUUCACUGGUAAGGAGGAAAAGAGGAAGAAAAUUGUAAAGUAUUGAGAUGAGAAUCUGUGUGUGUUUGUG